UACAACUUGAGGUUGAGAAGGACAAGUGACCGCUUCAAUUUUUAUCUAAUUGUUUGCUCUGCUUUUCUCUUCCUUGUACUCUGUUUUUCACGGACCGUAAAUAUCAUCGAAUACCUUUGUUUCUUUGUUCGAUCUCUGACCCUCCGGCCAAAUUACUUAUGCCUACUGAUAAAAAAGCCACAGCGCCAAGUUGCCGCCUCCAGAAGAGGAAGCGGCAUUACUCAGCAGAAAGAGCUUCUAAAAUCAAGCUCAGGAGACAUGAUGUGUAUACAAAUCAGUCAGCUGAUAAAAAAGAAAUACUUUUAUCACAACGACGAUCGAAAAAUAUUGAGUCGACAAGCCAAGGUCUCUUGGUUGAACAUACUGAAGUAGCAUCAUCUUCUGAAGCUGCUGUUGAGUUACCUAGACAGAGAAUACUAACUAUAGGGGAAUCAUGUUGCCUUGCUGAAAAAGCCGAUAAAUCCUGCGCGGACGACACAACAGUUUGUUCUAACAAAGGGAAGAAUAUAAUUGGCUCCUAUUCUGUAUUCGAAUAUGUCUUGCUUAUCUUUCAGGAUAUCAUAACCAGAAAAGUUGUAGAGACAACAAAGACUAUUGCUGUAAAUUAAUGGGAAUGGAGACAACUGAUCAGGUAAGUUAAAAAUUCUUUAUGAGUAACUCAUGUUGGUAAUAGCUGUAACUUUGCAAGGAAAGUUUUAAGCUCUAUUGUUCAAGACUUGUAAAAGAACUUGUGAAUGAAUUAUUAAAAAAAGAAAUUGACGAAUCGCAAUAUGACUUCAAAGUGGAUAGAAGAAUUUUUCUAUCGUAUGAUUUUGCUAUUAUUGGGAAAAAUUGCAAUGAGGCAAUAUCCAUAUCAAAGACAAAUUAACUGGAACCAUUGCAAAUUGAAACAAGAAAUCCUUACCUAUAUUUUCAAGGUUACAUAUUUAAAUUUGUUCAAGAUUUGCAGGCAGACCGAUAAUUCUCUCAUAACAUAUACUUGUUAAUAAAGAUUUAAACUCCAUAACUCAAGUAUUCACAUGUAGAAUUAUUCAAUCUCAAUUAUUCCAUGAACCGGCGAUUUGCUUUAGGUAAGAAGUGGUUGUUUCUGUAUAACACUACAACUGAUUACCCACUUGAAUAUUUUUGAUCAAUUUAAACUCAAAACGCAUUUGAUAUUCCUUCGUAGAGUGUUCACUGAGAGGAAACAGGAAGACUUGAAAUCGAUGUUCGAUUCGCUAGCUGCACAAUCUCAGAGCAGUGGAGAAUACAUUCUUCAUGGUUAUUAGUAUUUAAAUCAGACUUUUCUUUUUUAGAAAUAUGUUGUUCUUUUUUCAUUAUUUUAGUAUAUGAUUUUAUUGAGUUUUAAUUCAGAAUGUUUAUGUGGGCCUUCCAUUAAGCAUUAGUUGUGAUUGUAAUGUCUAGAGAUGUCUUGAUAUAUCUGAGGAUGAGGGUUGUUUGAGUUGGUGAAAAGAAAAAGUGAACCAAGUGUCAAAUUUUGAUGAUUGAAGAAGAACCCAAGUAGUUAAAUAAAUAUAGCUUGUAUCUCUUUCUGAUGCACUUCUUUCUCCCAGAAAGAAGACGUGUGAUUAAAUGUUAUCUGUACUUCUAUUUGAAGUGAAGAAUUUUAAACCUAGCAUGAACAUUGGCUAACUACAUCCUCGCUAAGAAGAAAAAAGGCAUACCUUGUUAAUUGAAAGUUAUAAAGAAUGUUAUCAAGUUGACAAUAAAUAUUUUAUUAUCUUUGCCUAUUAGUUGAGCGUGAGCACAUAUAGUGGAGGUUGGAUUUUGGAUGGAAGUAGGGUUAGAUUGAGGAAGAUGGGCAGAAAAUAUGACGAUAGCAUCAUGUACGAUCAUACAUUUUGUUUAAAGCUAAUAAUGAAGUCAUUCCGCCUAAUUUGUGGUAUUUUAUACAACAGUUACAUAUACUUAUCUUUUUGUUCUUUUCGCUAAGUAUGUAUACUUCGUAUGUAUACUUCUGAGCUCUUAUUGCUACUAUGAACAACACAACUCUGACAUGCAAAUUAGUUACUUUGGCGGUGGAAAUUAUAUGAUAAUCUGACUUACUGAGUACAAUCCUACUCAGAUUUCUAUACCAUAAAUCAAAUGUGAAUUGUAUAGAUGAUUUGUACAUUUGGUGUCACUCUGGUCAAAAGUGGUGUGUGAUGUCUUGCCGUAAGGUCUUUGUCAACUGUGAUGUUUUAUUUCCAUCUGUAUUUUUAUUAGAGCAUUUAUGCUAUUUGUCUAAUAUUUGCCGGUAUAGCCAAUGAAUGCCUUCAGUAAUGAAGGACAGCAAACGAGCUUCAGAGUGCUAUCAUCAUGGUGAAUGCAAAAAAUAUUACUGAACCUAUUAUUAGGGAGAAAAUUCUAAAGUAUAAAUUGAGUCUGCUGAAUUUGAAAAACUGACUUUGGAGUCCUUAGCACCUGCUCUCCAAGGUUAGUGAUUUCUUAAUGGUCAUUAAUAAACUUAGUUGUUGUGCUGCUUUUAUUUUCAGAUAGUGUUGCAACUUGCUAGAAAUUAAAAUUACUGAAGAUAAUAUUUCUUUUGCUGCAUGCUUCAGUAGAGGGAUGACCUCUUUAUCAUGAUGCUAUAUUGUGUGAUUACUCCCCCGAAGGAGGAUGUUUUUGCUUGUGUUGGGACAUCAAGGAGUUAUAUGUUAUGCUUCUACAACUUGAGGAGAAGAGAAUAAGUGUGACAAAGACUAUGCCUUCUUGCAAUUGGUGUACAAUAUGGAAAUUAAAAAGAGGAAUCUUAGAUGUUUUGAAGACAAAGCGGAAUCCAUCAGCAAUAUCAAGUUUUAGUUGUUUUUCUGUUGUCCUUUUGGUGCAAGACAGAAUGUUUAGAAAGUGGUGUAAAUCUAAUAGCAUUUCAUUAGUUCAUUUCAGAGUUGGGAAUCUGAAAAUGUUUUACUGUAGUUGUAUAUUAUUAUACACCGGGUGGUUACUGGGCAUAACAUUCAGAAAUAUAUUAGCUGAGUAACCCUGGUGUUUACCUUGGUGUUGUUUAUUGAUGAAAUUUAUAUUUCCA